CUGCCAUAUUCAUGAAUCCUUUCAGUCAUCAGCGAUGCUUAUUCGUCUAUUCUUAUCCCACCGGCAUCAUAACCCUUGACCGGAUUUAGGUCAGUUCGGUAUAUUUAGAUUGUCCGAUUCCUUGCUACUUGCGUGCUCACGCCUCCAGUGAAAUGUUUCUUCUAUUAUCUUGUAGUUACACUACAGUAUUCAACCUUGUAGUUUCAUGGAAAACGAAUGAAGUCCGCUUCGAUAGUUCCUUAAAACAACCGCAUUUUCUUCCAAUAUUCAUUCACCGGUCUUUUUGCAAUUUUACUAACUGAUAUCAAAAAGAAAAUUGAUAUUCUUGUUUUGUGUACACUUGUUUUGUUUCGAAAGCUUAACGAGUCGUCGGCGACGACCACAUCAGCAGAGAUGGCGUCGAACAGGCCAAAUGGAAGGACGGGACCUCAAUCGGAACGAGUCCCAAAUAUUUUGACCAAUGACUCUCAUCCAGGAUAUUCUGAAGGAGAAAUCGAACAGGAAUCGUCACCCACCGACUCAUCUAUGUCAAUACCAGAAGAAUCGGAAGACCCCUUUGAGUGGAUGCCAACCUAUUCCUCUCCAAGACAGUCACAAUUCGAGCCAAUUGCGGCAGGAGAUCGAGCUGAACUGCACAGGAUUGCUUCGCAAUUUGAAGAUUCGAUUGGUUUAGCUCAAACGCGAAGCAAUGUAUCUUCAAAAAGAUUUUCUAAUGCGUCCUUGGGAGGGUUGUCGGAUAUCUCCAUGAAAAGGCUGUCCAACGCACCCCCAAAGAGGUCGUCCAACAUGCCUCCGAGGAGAAUUUCGACUUUAUCUGCCAACAGAAUGUCCACCUUAUCUUCAAAAAGGGUUUCGAGAGUAGAUACCCUCGCUGGAUUAGAGUUCGGCCACCCAGUUUUAGACCCUUCUUCGUCGGAAUUUGAUGUUUAUAAAUGGGUUCGAAUGUAAGACUCGAUUGGGCGUACCUUUGAAGCGAAAAAUGCUAAAUUUCUUUUAGGAUGAUGAAACUCACGGACGAGAAGAAUGUGGUCCAACGACGUGCAGGCAUUGUUUGGAAGAAUAUGAAAGUCUGUGGGUCUGGUUCCGACGUCAAUCUUCAGAAGACUAUGGGCGAUAUUCUCCUUGGCCCAAUCCGAGCGCGUGAGAAAGUUGGAAAAGCCUCAGAAAAAACAAUUCUAAGUUCCUUUGAUGGUGUUCUUAAAAGCGGCGAAAUGCUGGUAGUUUUGGGCCGACCCGGAAGUGGCUGUUCCACUCUUCUCAAGACUUUGACAGGGGAGCUUAAAGGCCUCAAUGUGAAAGAGCAAUCCAAAAUUCAUUACAAUGGUUGGUCAAGUAUUCGUCAUUUCGUUUUCAUAGCUAAUAGAUUCAACAGGAAUUACGCAAGAGCAAAUGAUCAAGCAGUUUAGGGGAGAGAUUGUUUAUAAUCAAGAAGUCGACAAACAUUUUCCUCACUUGACUGUUGGGGAAACUCUAGAGUUUGCAGCUCGCGCUCGUACACCCCAGCAACGGGUUGUCGAUGGAUAUGAUCGAGAGAGAUGGGCGAAGCAUAUGGCGCAGGUAGUGAUGGCAACCUUUGGUCUUACGCACACUUACAACACCAAAGUCGGAAACGACUUCAUCCGAGGUGUUUCUGGUGGUGAGAGAAAGCGUGUUAGUAUUGCGGAGAUGGCACUUGCAGGCUCUCCAAUUGCCGCUUGGGACAAUUCAACCCGAGGAUUGGACUCUGCCACUGCUUUGGAAUUUACGAAAUCUCUGAGGAUGACAGCCAAUAUCGGUGGCACAGUUCAACUGGUUGCUAUUUAUCAAGCAUCGCAAGCUAUAUAUGAUCUAUUCGAUAAGGCAGUCAUUCUUUAUGAAGGAAAACAGAUUUUCUUUGGUCCAGCAAAUGCAGCUAAACAAUACUUCGUGGAUAUGGGUUGGGAGUGUCCACCACGACAGACAGUUGGAGACUUUUUGACUUCAGUGACCAACCCAGCAGAGCGUAGAGCAAGGCCAGGGUUCGAAGGCAGGCUUCCACGCACAUCAGCAGACUUUGAACGAUACUGGAAAGAGUCUGCUCAUUAUCAAAUGCUACAGCAAGAAAUAAAAGAUCAGGAGACCGAGUUUCCAAUGGGUGGUAUCAACACUCUUGAGCAAUUUCAAGAAUCGAGAAAAGGGAUGCAAGCCAAUCAUGUUCGACCGGAGUCACCUUAUACCAUCAGCAUACCAAUGCAGGUGAAGUAUUGCACACAGCGGGCGUAUCAACGAAUAUGGUAAGUUCCUCUCAGGUAAAUCUUCAUGGAUUUUACUUACUCGAAAAUAGGAAUAACAGAACAUCGACCGUCACGACCCUUUUCAGCCAGAUGGUACUGGCCUUGGUCAUUGGUUCGAUUUUCUAUGGCACCCCUAAUAACACAAGUGCAUUUUUUCAAAAGGGCGGUGUAAUAUUUUUCGCCGUUCUGUUGAGCGCUCUUAUUGCCCUCUCCGAAGUGAAUACCCUCUAUGCUCAAAGACCAAUUGUGGAGAAGCAGGCUUCAUACGCAUUCUAUCACCCAUUCGCCGAGGCUUUGGCAGGUGUCAUAGCAGACAUUCCCAUUAAAUUUCUCAUUGCUACUGGUUUCAAUGUCAUUCUCUACUUCCUCGCCGGUUUAAGACGAGAACCUGGUCCGUUCUUUAUCUUCUUUUUGUUCAAUUUCAUGUCUAGUCUUACGAUGAGUCAAAUUUAUCGAAGUAUCGCAGCAAGUACCAAAGCGGUAACUCAAGCUCUUGCGAUGGCCGGUUUCGCAACAUUGGCAAUUGUUAUCUACACUGGAUAUGUUGUACCACGCCCACUCAUGAAGCCUGUAGGUCUCCCAUAAUAUGUUGCGAGAUUGGCACUGAUUGGAUUCUAGUGGUUUAAGUGGAUCAGUUGGAUUAACCCAAUCGCCUAUUCGUUCGAAAGCUUGUUUGUGAAUGAACUCCACGGACAAAGAUUUGUAUGCUCACAAUUGGUUCCAUCAGGUAGGUGAACUUGGCCUAUGAGUAGUUGAACUAUGCUAAUAAAUCAAUCUGGGAUAGGGGGUCAGUAUAUUGCCCAAGGAAAUGAAUUUGUUUGUAGCAUUGCUGGUGCAGUCGCAGGACAAGCCACUGUCUUGGGUGACGAUUAUCUCAUGGCCGCAUACGAAUACUCUUACAGCCAUAUCUGGCGAAACCUCGGAUUCAUGUUUGCUUUUAUGAUCUUCUUCCAUUUGGUAUACCUUGCUGCCACAGAAUUUAUCUCCACGGCGGGAAGUUCAGCCGAGGUUUUACUAUUCAGACGGGGACAUGCUCCAAAAUACCUCGAGAAGUCGACAAAAGAUGAAGAAUCGAAUGCCAAUGGAGUUGUGCAGAGUGUCACAAAUCAAUCGGAGUUAAAUGAAGCCCAAAGGGUUCGCACUCUGGCCCCCCAGACCGAAGUUUUCACAUGGAAAAAUGUAAAUUACGACAUCAAGAUUAAGGGAAAUCCACGAAAGCUUUUAGACAAUGUGUCUGGAUGGGUAAAGCCUGGCACGCUUACGGCUCUCAUGGGCGUUUCCGGUGCAGGAAAAACAACCCUUCUUGAUGUGCUUGCCAAACGGGUUUCUAUGGGAGUUGUCACCGGUGAUAUGUUCGUCUCUGGAAAACCACUUGAUGAGUCUUUCCAGCGAAAAACUGGUUAUGUUCAGCAACAAGAUCUACAUCUAGAGACUACUACUGUUCGAGAGGCCCUCCGAUUUUCCGCCCAGCUUCGACAGCCGAAAACUGUUUCCAAGAAAGAAAAGUACGAGUAUGUUGAGGAUGUCAUCAAAAUGCUGGCAAUGCAAGAUUUUGCAGAAGCAGUAGUCGGUAUUCCUGGUGAAGGUCUCAAUGUGGAACAGCGUAAGCUUCUCACUAUAGGUGUCGAAUUAGCAGCUAAACCGGCUCUUCUCCUUUUCUUGGAUGAACCUACCUCUGGACUCGACAGUCAGUCUUCAUGGGCCAUCGUAGCAUUCUUGAGAAAGUUAGCAGACAGCGGCCAAGCCGUACUUGCCACUAUUCAUCAACCUAGUGCGAUUCUGUUCCAAGAGUUUGGCCGACUUCUCUUCCUCGCUAAAGGAGGACGAACAGUCUACUUUGGUGAUAUUGGAAAGAACUCCCAAAAGCUUCUGGAAUAUUUCGAAACCAACGGCGCUGACAAGUGUGGUGAUGACGAGAAUCCAGCUGAAUACAUGUUGAAUGUCGUUGGAGCAGGACCAAAUGGAAAAGCUACCAGAGACUGGCAUGAAGUUUGGAAGCACAGCCCUGAGGCAUUAGCUGUCCAGGAAGAAUUGCAACGCAUUCAAGAUGAAAUGGGACCUAAUGCUUCCCCGACAGACCCGGGAUCACUCUCGGAGUUUGCCAUGCCAUUCUACGCACAAUUUAUCGCGGUCACUAUACGGGUAUUCCAACAAUAUUGGCGCACACCGGAGUAUGUGAUGGGAAAACUGAUGUUGGGUAUCAUCUCCGCGUUAUUCAUUGGCUUUACAUUCUAUCACGCCAACUCAUCUAUCCAGGGAACACAAAAUGUCAUCUUUUCAAUCUUCAUGAUUGCGACAAUGGUAAAUCCCAUGCUACAACAAAUUAUGCCACGCUUCGUCCUCCAACGAGACCUCUACGAAGUGCGGGAGCGUCCUUCAAAAACUUACAGCUGGCCGGCCUUUUUACUAGCAAACAUUCUUGUCGAGAUUCCGUAUCAGAUCUUUGUUGGAAUCCUGGUUUACGGUGGUUAUUUCUACGCCAUCUAUACAAAUAAUGGGAUCCCUGCCUCGGAGCGUCAAGGACUUAUCCUCCUUCUUAUCAUCCAAUUUUUCAUUUUCGCCAGCACGUUCGCUCAGAUGAUUAUUUCUGCUCUACCCGAUGCGGGAACAGCUGCAAAUAUUGCCACCUUGUUGUUUGCCAUGACUUUGAUCUUCAACGGAGUUUUCCAACCUCCUGAUGCUCUACCUGGUUUCUGGAUUUUCAUGUAUCGAAUCUCACCGUUGACGUGUAAGUUCUCACACACUACUACUCUAUUAGAAGAUCUCUUGCUAAACACCAUCUCAGAUCUCAUCUCAUCAAUAGCCUCAACCGGUCUGGCAGGGUAUUUAUCCCUUCUCCUCUCUUCAUUCACCAGACUAACAUCGGUUUUAGAAAAACUAUGCGCUGCUCUUCUGUUGAAGUAGCAAUAAUGCAACCACCAGCCAACACAACCUGCGGCACCUAUCUUCAACCCUACGCAGACUUCGCAAAAGGCUCGAUCUACAACCCUGAGGCUCUCUCAGACUGUCAAUACUGUCGUCUUCAAAACACGGAUCAAUAUUUGGCAAGUGUGAACAUCAAGUAUUCGACCAGAUGGAGAAAUUACGGGAUCGUGUUUGCAUUCAUUGCAUUUAAUGUCUUCAUGACCGUUGUGCUUUAUUAUAUGCUCAGAGUGAGAAAACGGAGUGGGAAAGGAAUUGGGGAGAGGAUCGCGGAGUUAAGGCGGAAGUUUGGUAGGGGAAAGUUGCAGAGGAAUGACAGUGGCGAAAAGAAGAAUGAUGGGAGACCUGAGGGCAAUUGGAUUUAAUAGUUGACUGAUACUUACCCUGGAAGAUUCGAGGGCUCAGUAGAGUCAACAGGGUCUUGGUUGGAUUGAGAUUUGAUGGGUUGAAGUUGUUUAUUAUGGUUUAGAAGGACAUAAGGGGUAUGUUGUUUAGCGUUUUGAUUGCGUACGUCAGUUGUUUUUAUUCUUUCUUGGUAAAGACAGAUACCAAAAUUGCAAGUGGACUUGUUCAGUUACGCUGCCUGGAGAUUUCUAGAAUGAUAUCUUCAAAGUAGUCGAGCCUACAUGCGAUAAAUCUUACACGAGUCGGGUUACUACAUCC